UAGACGUGUCAUUUAGCAAAACUCGGCUAAAGUCAUUUUUUCUCUAUCGAUGUGGUGAAUUUAUUCGUGUGAAGUGUAAAUUUGAUAAAUAUCCGUGUUUAUUUCGUAGCGAAAUGCCGGCAGCCGCGGUUGCAAAGCCCGGUGCUGCCCGGGGUAAGGGCGUCUACAAUAAUACCACAGGCUUCAGCACCCUUAUUACUGUCACAGUGCUGUUAUUAGCGUGGUUGACCGGCUUUGCAUCCCGGCUUUUCGCUGUUAUACGCUUUGAGAGCAUUAUCCAUGAAUUCGACCCAUGGUUCAACUAUCGGUCGACAGCGUACAUGGUUCAGCAUGGAUUCUACAAUUUCUUGAACUGGUUCGACGAGAGGGCGUGGUAUCCUCUCGGGCGGAUAGUCGGGGGCACAGUGUACCCUGGUCUGAUGAUCACAUCAGGGACCAUUCACUGGAUACUUCACACUUUAAACAUUCCUAUUCAUAUUAGAGAUAUAUGUGUGUUCCUUGCUCCUGUGUUCAGUGGUUUAACAGCAAUAGCGACAUACUUGUUGACCUCAGAGCUGUGGUCUCGGGGCGCGGGACUGUUUGCCGCAUGUUUUAUUGCCAUAGUCCCGGGCUACAGCAGUCGGUCUGUAGCAGGAAGUUAUGACAAUGAGGGAAUUGCCAUAUUUGCCCUUCAGUUCACUUACUGGCUCUGGCUGAAGAGUCUUAAGAGUGGAUCUAUCUCCUGGUCCAUUGCUACUGCCAUUUCAUACUUCUACAUGGUGUCAGCAUGGGGCGGAUACGUGUUUAUCAUCAACCUGAUCCCGCUGCAUGUGUUUGUGCUCCUCAUCAUGGGGCGGUUCUCCAAGAGGCUGUUCGUGAGCUACUCCGUGUUCUACAUCGUGGGGCUUCUCCUCUCCAUGCAAAUACCUUUUGUUGGCUUCCAGCCAAUCAGGACUAGUGAACACAUGGCUGCAUCUGGUGUAUUCGCACUCCUAAUGGCCGUCGGAGCUCUGCUCUACCUGCACAGCCUGGCGCCGCGGGGGCAGUUCAAGCAGCUGCUGGUGGCCGGCGCGCUGGGGGCCGCCGCGCUCGUGUUCCUCGCUGUGGUCGCGCUCACGUAUAUGGGGGUCAUCGCGCCUUGGAGCGGACGGUUCUACUCUCUCUGGGACACGGGCUACGCCAAGAUCCACAUCCCGAUCAUCGCGUCGGUCUCGGAGCACCAGCCGACCACGUGGUCGUCGUUCUUCUUCGACCUGCACGUGCUGGUGUGCACCUUCCCCGUCGGCCUGUGGUACUGCAUCAAGAAUAUCAAUGACGAGCGAGUGUUUGUGGCCCUCUACGCGAUCAGCGCGGUGUACUUCGCGGGCGUGAUGGUGCGACUCAUGCUGACCCUCACUCCCGUGGUGUGUGUUCUCUCCGGCAUCGCCUUCUCGAUCCUACUGGACUUGGCGCUGCGGGAGGACGAGGCGCCGGCGCCGGCGGUCGAGAGCGCUGAUGACUCCAAGAAUCUGUAUGAUAAGGCCGGCAAAUUGAAAAAGAGAACGCACGAGGCCACGCCCCCCGCCGACUCGGCGCUCGGGAUGAACGUGCGUUCAGGAAUCCUCAUCUCCUUCAUGAUUCUUCUGAUGCUGUUCGCGGUUCACUGCACGUGGGCCACUUCGAACGCGUACUCCAGUCCGAGCAUUGUGCUCGCUAGCUACGGCCCUGAUGGAUCUCGCAAGACGCUGGACGACUUCCGCGAGGCGUACGGCUGGCUGUCCCAGAACACGGCCGAGGACGCGCGCGUCAUGUCCUGGUGGGACUACGGGUACCAGAUCGCAGGCAUGGGCAACCGCACCACACUAGUGGACAACAACACAUGGAACAACUCGCACAUAGCUCUAGUCGGUAAAGCGAUGGCGAGCAACGAGUCGGCAGCAUACGAGAUCAUGACCAUGCUGGACGUGGACUAUGUGCUGGUGAUCUUCGGAGGGGCCAUAGGCUAUUCUGGGGAUGACAUUAACAAGUUUAUCUGGAUGGUUAGGAUAGCAGAAGGGGAGCAUCCUAAGGAUAUUCAUGAAGCGGACUACUUCACGGAGCGCGGCGAGUAUCGGAUAGACAACGAAGGAUCGAAAACUAUGUUGAAUUGUCUGAUGUAUAAGCUAUCAUAUUAUCGAUAUGACAGCGGCGGCAGUCCGCCCGGCUACGACAAGACGCGCGGCGCGCUGCCCGGCAACCGCGGCUACAAGCUCACCUACCUGGAGGAGGCCUACACCACGCAGCACUGGCUCGUCCGGAUAUACAGGGUAAAGAAACCUCAUGAGUUCAAUCGUCCGAAGCUGCCGGCAUCAAAAAGGAGUCUACAGCUAUCAAAUACUCUUUCGAAAAAGCCAGCAAUAGGAUCUUCUUCAAUGACAACCAGAAGGAGACGAGGCAUCCUAAAGAACAAGCCCACAAUAGUCAAAGGCAAGAAGAUGACUCGACUGGAGUGACGUCACAACCCUAGCCGCGCGGACACCUAGCCGUUUAAGAUGUUACUAUAGGUGUAGCGCACUCAAGGGCUGCCUUAGGCAGGAGAGCGGACCGGGACGGGACUUAUGACGCAAUAAUAUUGGAGCUGUGAAUAGGUUUGUGUGCAGUUAUAGGAAGAGGUCGCGCCGUCCCCAACGCUCCACUGCUUAAGGUAUCUUACGAGACACAGAUUGAUUUACACAAUGCAUUUAUAAGCUACUUAGAACAAUAUGGGUUAGUGUGUGAACAGUUUUAACUUGUAUGUGCAUUGUGUAUCUGUUUAUUACUUGCGCCGUAUAGCUUGAGAAGUCGACAAUCUGUAUUUAAAUUGGCUGUCAGGAAAAUAUUGUAUGCUUAUUCCGUAUUCUGCCAAAAAUGACGAAAAUCUUUAUAAAACAAGUAAUAGAAAAAAGAUAUAACGACUCUUUCAAGCUAUGCGGUGCUAGCGCCAGCUGGCAUGAGCGAUUAUAACAUAUUUAUAAAUAACGGCUAUGUAAAAACGAAUGAAAUUAAAUUCUCGAGAAAGCUAUUUAAAAAGCAACAUAAUCGUUCGUGCCAACUGGAUUUAGAUUCAAAAUAAUUGAUACAAGAUAAUAUUUCGUCGUAUUAAGUCUUGUUCAAAACCGUGAUCCUAUUAUAUCUUGUAUCAAUAUAUUUGGAUGAUUUUUAGUUAUCAAUCAGUGGUAACAUUGCAAUGAUUUGUGAGGUAUAGUGUAUAAUAUAUUAUGUAUCGUAUGUAUCUAUUUAUUUUCCUUGGUGUACCUAUUCAUUCUUACCCGGUGUGUAUUUCCUGUAAGUACUUGUACGCUAGUAACCUUACCUUAAAGAUUAAAAAUUUUUACUCAGUGAUUUAUUCUAUACUAGAGUGUUGUUGUGUAAACUUAGAAUUUUAUCAGAGGUCAUUUGAAAUUGCAUUUAUUCCGGAGCACAAAUGUUCAAAUUAUCAGUGUGAUUGAUGAUGUAUUUAUUUAGACUUACGGAAUGUGCCGUUGGUAUGGGGCGUCAUGGGAAAGGGCUAUUUUUAUACGCAUACAAAUUUUAUUAACAGUUGAUGAAUUUGUAUAGCUCUGCGGUAGAGGAUGUAGGUUACUAUUUGUAAAUCACUAGUUCUGCAUGUGUUAGAAAGUGCUAGGUAUGAUCAUUGCGUUCCCUGCUAAAGUUGGGAAUAGCAAUAAUUAGUUCAUUUUUUAUAAUACGUUUAUCUACAAUUCAGCAAACUUACCGAAGUUCAAUUUAUCUGAGCUGUGUUUGCAUUUUGGAGUCCUUAAUGAGCGACAUAUCCAUAGACGUGACCUCCGCCGCGCCCGCCCGCCUUGCAUUCUUACCACUGACAAUAACCUGACGAACGACUGACACCAAUUGUAAUGUAUUGCGUAUUUAGUCCAGUAAAAUAUUGUUUGUUGAAAUUUCCCUUUUAGUUGAUGUUUUGUCUCUGCGAUGUCAUUAUCAAGGGAGUGUAGGAAACAGGCUGCCCACUGUUUUAAGAUCCCGUUCUUUUAGAUUCAAAAUGAAAUGACAAUACACUGGUUUGAUUGCACACUGGAGUGGUCUGUGCUGCUACGGUCUUUUCUAUGACAUCGGUUUUAAAGAGAAUUUUGUAAUUUAACGUCCAUUUUAAUAUUUAAUAAGUAGUUUAAAAUAAUAUGUCUAGCAAUAUUGGUCAAGCAAGUGUUUACUUUGCACGAAUGGGAUGGAGAAGGGAGAUAAUUAAUUUUGUUUGAUGGAAAUAUUGUGGUUUGAUUUUAUAAGAGACUGUUUCGCCCCAAAUGCUUAUUUCUUAUCACAAUUUUUGUCACACUGUUAUUUUCAUACGUGUUGAAUGGAGAGUAUGGUUACUCGAAAAUGUGUUCUAAACAGUUUUUUUUUUAUCUAAAAUGGACGAUUGUAUAAACAACCGGUGUGGAAGUCCAUUUGAAAUGUAAUUUAUUGUAUUGUUGCACUGCACUUUGUUUUUCAUAUUACUUGACAGAGUUUAAUUAAUCUGUAGAUUAUCCAUUGUGAGUUGACAAUGUUCUAAAUAAACAAUUGAAGAGUAA